AUGUUCUUCAACAUAGGUUGGCACGAUUACCUAGCUCCUUCCGUGCUCACAUACAAGCAACCCACAGUUGAGCUCCUCUCCACUUAUGCACGGGAUGACACGAAGGGGGUGCUCACAUUUAGACUCCAAGGUCGGCAGCACCGACUCACAUACGACACCCUCAAUACUAUCAUGGGCACAUACGAUAGCCACAACACCGACAUCUAUAGUUAUCAAUGGACUCAAUUCAAGAGCUUUCCCAAAGUAGAGUUUUGGACUCAGAUCACUAGUCUUCCAAACUUUAAUCCAAGUCGACAAAAAUAUCCUUACAUCAUCCAUCCUUGUUGGAGAAUCGCCCACCAGAUUCUUUCAACUUCCAUCUUUGGUCGUCACGAGCCGGGACAAAUAAACAUAGUCGAACUAUAUUUCCUUGAUUGCAUGACUAGCCGCCGUUGGUCUUGCCCCACUUUCACCACCUUUUUCUUGGAUAAAUAUGACAACAUACGCAUGAAUAGCACUGGUGACAUUUGCAUUGGAGGUCCCAUUACCCUAAUUGGUUUGGGUGCAGGCCUUCAAUUUCCCGAGUCUGAGUAUGUGCCAGUGGAUGACCCACCUCUCUACCUCCUCGACUGCUUAGCUCUCACUCGGAUGGAAUUAUUGCUACUUACUAAUAGUCAUCAUUACUCUUGGCUCAUUCAUGCCAAGGAAUCAAUUUACAUCUUACCUAAUACUAGCAUAUCCGCCUUUACCACCAGCGACCCCGAAACUUGGUUUUUGCCUGAAGCGUUACAUGAUGAUGAUGAUGACUGA